AGCCACCCCCACCCGGUCGGAGUCGGAAACCGACCGAGCCCAACGCACCGCACCGCACCGGCCAACCAGUCCACGGACUCGCGAGCCCAAACCGCUCAGCCGCCGAUGGCGACGCCGCCGCCGCCGCCGGCGCCGACGCCGGAGGUGUUCGACGUCGUCAUCUUCGGGGCUUCGGGGUUCACCGGAAGGUACGUCAUCCGCGAGGCGCUCAAGUUCCUGCCCCCGUCGUCGUCCCCGCUCCGCUCGCUCGCGCUCGCCGGCCGCAGCCGCGACCGUGUCGCCGCCGCGCUCCGCUGGGCGGCGGGGCCCGGGGGGGCGGCGCCCGACCUGCCGAUCCUCGUCGCGGACGCCUCCGACCCGGCGUCCCUCGCCGCGCUCGCGGCGCGGGCGCGCGUCGUGCUGUCCUGCGCGGGCCCCUUCCGCCUCCACGGCAGGCAGGUCGCGGCGGCCUGCGCCGCCGCGGGGGCCGACUGCCUCGACAUCUCCGGGGAGCCCGAGUUCAUGGAGCGCGUCGAGGCGGAGUUCCACGAGGCCGCCGCCAAGAACGGGUCGCUGAUCAUCUCGGCCUGCGGGUUUGACUCCAUCCCCGCGGAGCUCGGGUUCUUGUUCCACUCCAGGCAGUGGGCGCCGCCGUCCGUGCCGGUGACUGUGCAGGCGUACCUGAGCCUGGAGUCGGACAAGAGGAUCGUCGGGAACUUCGGGACGUACGAGUCGGCCGUGCUCGGUGUGGCCAACGCCGGUGAACUUCAGGCGCUGCGCCGGUCGCGGCCAAGGCGACCCAGGCCCAAUAUUCCAGGCCCUCCACCUCCCAAAGGAUCUCUGGUUGAACAUGACAAGGCACUGGGAUUGUGGACUAUAAAGUUACCUUCUGCAGACACAGUGGUUGUGAAGAGAACCCUAUCAACAGUGACACAGCAUCCUGAGGGCCUUCCUGGGGUGGAAGAAUCCACGGAUUUCGCUGAGCAUAGGAAGAGCUUCUGGUCUUCUGUUAAACCAGCGCAUUUCGGAGUGAAGCUCACCUCCAAAUCCUUGCUGGGCAUUGCGCAGUUCAUCUUCACUGGACUCUGCAUCGGCCUGCUGGGAGGUUUCUCCUUUGGCAGGUCCCUCCUACUAAAAUUCCCCUCAUUCUUCUCCGCUGGUUGGUUCAGGAAGAGCGGACCGACGGAGGAACAGGUGAGCAGCGCCUCGUUCAAGAUGUGGUUCGUCGGGCGUGGCUACAGCGACGCGGCUCGUGCAUCGGACCGCGGGAGCAAGCCUGACAAGGAGAUCAUCACGAGGGUUUCGGGACCAGAGAUCGGCUACAUCACAACCCCGAUCGUCCUGGUCCAAUGCGCCCUCGUCCUGCUGAGCCAGCGAGGGAACCUACCUAAGGGCGGGGUGUACACACCGGGUGCCGUUUUCGGCCCUACCGAUAUCCAGCAGCGCCUCCAGGAGAAUGGCCUGUCGUUCGACCUUGUCUCAACUAGGACACUGUGAUCAGAACUUCAGAAGCUGAGCAUCUACCGGUUUGUUCCUGAACCUGUUGCCCUUUUCCUGGAACCUGCCUCUUGUUGCUACCUUACACUGAAGAAACGUACUGUAGUAGUCUCUUGCUACGUGUGUUGUGUUUGUGUGAAGUAACAGUGUGUUUCUACAUGUCGAAACUCGAAACUAUGUGUUGUCCUUGUGUGUAGUACAAGUUGUUAUACUGUUCCAUCUGAAAUGAAAAUGACGUUCCUGUGUAAUGAGAA